GAUAUAUAAUAAGCACAAUAUGUCAAAUAAUUUGUCUUAAAAACUAGCUACAACAGCAAAGCAAACCAUUAUUACAGUUAUAACCGAACCAAAGUGUAAAACAUGAAAUUCGCAAUGAGCGCUCUCUUCUUAGUAGUACUGCUCUUCGCAGUUAGCCAGGCAAGCGCCUUACCAGCUGCUCAAUUGAACGGUGAUAAUUUUACCCAUGCAGUCGCUUCGGCAACCACCGCCUCUACAAGUGUUACAAGCACGGAUUCUCAACCGAGAGAAGUUUCUACCGACAUCAUCCCAACUAGUAGCCUAACCGGCGCUGAGUCCAAUUCCGAUUGCUUGGGGAUGUACACACAAUUAGUUACAGACUUAGCGUCCGAGAAACAAACUGCAUCUAACAACAUGUCCGAUUGCGUGUCUCAAGGAAAUACGCAUGAGGUUUGCGAUGAAAAAUUUGGUCCGACCAUAAGAGAAAUCAAUUCCCGUAUCACAGCCGAAAACCAAAAAUUGCAAAUGUGUUUGAAACAGUCUAUUUUUCAAAUGAUAAAAAUUUAAUUUUUUAUAUAUAUAUUUAAUCAUAUAUUUUACUUAAACGUUUCAGCAUAUCCGAGAUACAUAUUUAAUCAGUA